AUGAUUCGGGAACAUACUAAUAUGAAUGUAGCGCAACAGAAAAUGGUCAACGCCGUGUGCUUUUCGCACGGGAAAUCUCUCUGGAAUCCCGCAAGGCGCAGCUCCGCCCCCUGCCGCGCCAGCAGCCGCCUGACGCGCGCCGGCCGUGUGUUGCAGGAGCUGGAGGGCCUGAGCCAGGCGACGCCCACGCUCGACGACAACUCCAUGUUCAGCAGCUCCGGGUCGCUGUCGCCCGCCGCGUCCGACCUGGAGCACGAGGAGGAGGCUCCGGCAGCGGCGCCGGCGCCGACGACCGGGGUAGCGGCGGCCGGCGAGUCGGCACCUCCGCCACUACCUCAGAGUCCACCACCUGCCACUGAAGAGGAACUAGCUAGGAGUACAGAUGACGAGCUAAGUGGUGAUCUUCUACAGUUGAUGGUUCCUGUAGCUACAGAGAGACUGAUUACAUCCCAGAGUGCAUCUGGUGAUCUUACAGAUGAAGAACUUGAUGAUGAAGAAGCUGUGGCUGGCUGGGGGUCUGAUGUUCUGCAGCUACCAUCAUCUCUUGAGCUCGAUAUUCGCAUUCACAAAGGAGCAGAUUCACUUGGAUUGAGCAUUGACUCAGUGGACAAGGGUGUGAAUGGAAUGCUUGUGGUGUCUGUGGCACCUGGAGGUGCUAUGGCGAAAGAUGGUCGCAUUGUUCCUGGAGAUUAUCUGCUAUCUGUGAACAAUGAAAGUCUUCGCAAAGUUACAAACUCACAAGCGAGAGCAAUCCUACGGAGAGCGCAGCUUCUUAACACUGAUAUCAGUGUGACCUACAUUCCUGGUGAAGCUGCCACAGCCUAUAGAAAAUCAUUGCUGCAAACUGAAGUGAGCACCGUUCCCAUCAAACAUAUUACACAGAUAUCCCCCAGCUCACCGUAUAUACAGAAAGCAGCAGACGCCCUCGAAGUGCACAGUGGACUUCUCAAACCUCAACAGACUAAAAAGGCAGAAAGUCCCGUGAGCACAACAGUGACUCGUAUUGUGAGUGAAUCAGAGUACUCUUCUUGUGUUGAAUUAUCACCUUUGCUUGAACGUUGUGAACAGUCAGCAACAGACUUUUGUAAUAAAGCUGUGGACCCUACGAUACCAAUAAGUGCCAGUGCAGAUAGUGUUUGUAGUUUGAAUAGACAGAAAAGAGACUCGUGUGAGCAGGAGAGUUUGCCUAAUAGUGCAACAAUUAGUCCAUCAGUCAGCAUGACUGUGACGACACAGGUGCCUUCUGCAUCAGCCGUGGAGCGUGGUGCCUCGUCUCCAUCAGUGCUUUUGGCAAAGCACUGGGGACCAGAGAGGUCUGUUGAAGUACUGCGGGAGCCUAACUGCAGUCUUGGUAUCAGUAUUGUUGGUGGAAAGGUUGAUUUAUACAAUGCAGGGCCAGACAGUGGGUCUGCCAUCUCAGGUAUCUUCAUAAAAAAUGUGCUGCCACAAAGUCCAGCUGGUCGCACAGGUGAACUUAAGACUGGAGACAGAAUUCUGGAAGUGGAUGGCAUUGACUUACGCCAUGCAAGCCAUGAAAGAGCUGUUGAGGUGAUCCGAAGUGCGGGUAACCCAGUCUGCUUUCUCGUGCAGUCCCUGAUACAGUGGAGCGUGGACGGAGAAGUUGAGAGUCAUUCGACUGAAGUUGCGCCCACAUCCUCCUCUGCAGGAGCAGUUGGUGGGUCAACCCGCAGGAGGGCACCCGCACCCCCCUCCCCCACCGGACAGCUGCUAAAGAGUGCCCCCCCUCAAGUCCCACAGGCCAGGACUCCUACACCAGAAGUUAUACAGGUGGGACUGUCAGAUGAAGGGAAACAGGAAUUGCAGCAGAGUAACCGUGAAGUAACAGAAAAUAAAAGAUCUGAGCGAAAGUAUUCUUCAAGUGAAGACAGUGAGGAAGAUGAAGAGGAUGUGCGAGACCUGGAGGGUCGCAUUUUCACAAAAAAGGGGCAAGAGAUUCACCGAGCUAGUGCAGGAAAUGUCAAAAGGAGUAAAGAGGAGAUUGAAGCAGAUCCUGAGGAGGAAGAUGAGUUUGGAUACACAACUAACAAGGUAAAGAAGAAGUACGGCGAGGGCGCGGUGGUGGCGACGCUGGAGCGCGGGCCCGCUGGCCUCGGCCUCAGCCUGGCGGGCCACAAGGACCGCAACAAGAUGGCCGUGCUCGUCUGUGGCCUCAACCCCGCCGGCGCCGCCCACAAGAGCGGCUGCCUGCGCGUCGGCGACGAGAUUCUCGAGGUGAAUGGCGUCGUGCUCCAGGGUCGCUGCCAUCUCAACGCGUCCGCCAUCAUCAAGGGGCUCCCCGGACCGGUCUUCAAAGUUAUCGUCCUAAGACGAGAAAAAGCCAUAGAGGAUUUAGCCGUGAAGCCAAUUACACAGUUCCCAGUCAGCUUGGAUGAUGAGACUCCAGAGGAAAAAUACAGUAACUUCAAAGGUCUGCGGACAGUUACUAUCAAAAAGGGAUCUCAGGGCUUGGGCAUCAUGAUAAUUGAAGGCAAGCAUGCAGAAGUUGGGCAGGGUAUUUUCAUCUCUGAUAUCCAGGAAGGCAGUGCUGCUGAGCAGGCUGGCCUUGUUGUAGGAGAUAUGAUCCUCGCUGUUAACAAGGACACACUUCUUGGGUCUGAUUAUGAUUCAGCGGCAUCACUUCUGAAAAAGACAGAGGGUGUGGUCACACUGAUUGUGUGCAACCCAAACAAAGCCAAGCAGGAGGAGGAAAAGAAGAAUGCAACUGGAACUCCAUCACCAGGAGAAAGUAUGCCAGUUCAACAAGCAUCUUCUCCAACACCAAAGGAGCCGGAGAAGCCAAGACUUUUUCCAAAACCAUUAAUACCAUUGGCCAAACCACAAAAAACACCAUCACCAAAAACGGUCCGUGUUGUUUCUCCAACGUCAACUCCAACAUUGGUGGACUCUCUGUCACCUGGGACCUGUGUGCCAAAACCAUCACCGGUUCGUCCGACUGAACUGGUGACUACCACCGAUACUUCUCCCUCGGCACGGUUGUCGCCCUCUCCAUCUGGUAAACGUCUGUCUUCCACUCCAGAGGAACCACCAGCUGAUCCUGCAACAUGUGAGAUUGUGCCAGGGAAGGAGACAACUGUGGAGAUAAAUAAGGACAAAAUGGGACUUGGACUCAGUAUUGUGGGUGGCUCUGACACCUUGCUGGGUGUGAUAAUUAUUCAUGAAGUUUAUCCCGAUGGAGCAGCAGCGAAAGAUGGACGACUCAAGCCUGGUGACCAAAUUUUGGAGGUUAAUAGUGAAGACUUUCGGAAUAUAACACAUAGUAAGGCUUUAGCUGCUCUUAGGCAAACACCUGCUAAGGUUAAAAUGGUAGUAUUUAGAGAUGAAGCAUCAACUAAAGAAGAUGAUAUAUUUGAUGUGAUGGAGGUUGAACUUACAAAAAAGCCUGGUAAGGGACUGGGACUUAGUAUUGUUGGAAGGAAAAAUGGACAUGGUGUCUUUAUCUCAGACGUUGUACAUGGUGGAACAGCAGAAGCAGAUGGGCGUCUAAUGAAAGGUGACCAAAUUCUUGCUGUGAAUGGUCAAGACUUAAAGAACUCGUCCCAGGAAGAGGCCGCAGCUGUAUUGAAGACAGCUACUGGGAAAGUUGCAAUGCGGAUUGGCCGCCUCAAAGCAGGCUCAAGGGGCUCUUCUAAUCCAGGCAGUGGUGACAGGCUGUGUAGUGUAGCACAGGGACAGAAGCUGGUGCAUGCUGACACAUGGCCCAACAGCCACCAGCCAACCAUGGUUGCCAACUGCACACAGCAGAAUUUUCAUCGAUUUUCCUCUACGAGGGCAUCUCUUGUCCAUCAUUUUUCAAACUGGUCAUUUCGCAAGAAAAAUAUUUAGAUCUUAUGCUGAACUAGAUCUGACUUUUUGUACAUUUAAUUAUUUACUUAUGAGUGUAAUGUUUUUUUAAAAUAAAUUGUGUAUGGUAAA